CUUAUCUUUAUCUAUGACGUCUUCUUCUUACUUGUCGUUGCCUGUUGAUGUUUUUCAUACUGUUUUUAAUCAGUUUCUGAUCCUUUCAAAUCACCCACAUGGCUGAAGGUGGUCUCAAAAACGUACCAAUUGUGGAGAGCAGUUCUGAAGACGAGGAUGAUCCUGUGGUGAAAGAGAUUCCCAUCUUCCACUCGAAGAAACUCGAGGACAAGCUGUACCUGUUCCAGUUCCCACUCUUCCAACCAUCCGAUGCUGACGAGAUCAAUGUGCAGAAGUGCAAACUUCGACCGGAAAAUAAGGAAGUUGAACUUCAAAUUGGGAUCGGCAUAGACUGUUCCAACUUUGAUUCAGCUAGAGCCGACUUGAUCGCCCAUGAAAUAGACGGAGACUUAAGCGCGAAAAAACCCAACAAAAAGGUCUACUUUGAGAACGAGACCGCCGACACAGUUUACAUGAAAUCAAGCAGGAGCGUGAAGGAGGGCGAAAACUAUGCGAUAGCCGCCUACAAUGGCAGUGAAAUCCAUCUGACGGCCCUCUCAGAAAUAUUCCAAAUGCGAUCAUUCUACCCCUACUUGGACAAAGGGCUGAAGAAGAAAAAGGAAGUGCUGAAUAAUGACUCAGAUGACGAAAAGCCCGGACCGAGCCACGCCGAGCCGGUGACUGUGCGAUUCAAGCACGUGGACGAUCCAACUAAGAAAGGCUCGUCGAACUUGAGCUACAAAGACCUGCAGGCCCGGAGGAACGAGGAGGCUUGGCUGCCCUGCACUUGGCACGACCAGGACAGUACGGCCAGCAACGUGGAACGACUGAAACUCAUUGCAGACACCACGGAUGACUUGGGCCAGGCUCAGAACUUGACCAAAGAUGAAUACAUCAAGGUGUUGGUGCCUGAGGAUCAGGAGGAGACCCCACGCGAACCGAUGAUGCUCCCCAGCCACGUGCUGUCGCUGCACGCGCUCAGAGGGCUGCCGCUGCAGGAGCAGUGCCGUCUGCUGCUCAAAGACGCCCAUGUCAUUCAGUUCCACCAGAUCAUGCUGCUAUUGGCUGGAGGCGAAGGCGUCACUGCCGACGCCUUGCUGAAGAACUUGCAGAAAGUCGGCGUUCUGGUCAGAGGCAACUGGGUGGUCAAGUCCGAGGUGCUCUAUCCCGAAAACACUUUCUCCGCCACUAGUGGAGUCCCAGCAGAGCUGAUGUGUCGAGCCAGAGACUACAUCUUGUACCUGUUCACUAAACAUCAGUACGUGGAACGCACCAAAGUCUCAUCUCUCCUUAGGCUUCCCACAGAGGAGGUGAAGGAGAUUUUAGCCGGGAUGGCUCAGUUGCAGACCCAUAACAAGGGAUGGGAACUGAGUCUGCCAACCGAUCAAAACUUCCUGUCGAGGCACGCCGAUGUGGCUCAGCGACAGAACCUGUUUUGGGAGCAUCGCUACCACCAGUUAAGCCAGUUUUUGAUCCAGCCUAGUCGUCAGCGACGGAAAAGCAAAAGCGCUUCCGAAAGCGAGGGCGCCAGCGGCAAAGCAAGGAAUCUCAGCUGUUCGGAUAAUGAGGCGGGAGCGGAUGGCAAAGGGAAACCCACGGGCGCAUCGCGCAAGAAAAUGGCCUAUUCGACCGUGAAUGCGCCCAAGUGAUAUUGACUGAAAAUGUAGAUUUAAGGAGAGCAAGGACGGGGCCCGAAUGGGGCAAGCUUGUGGAGAUAAGUUAAGGAAGACGCCUGCCUAUUUGCCUUAACAAUAAAGCACUGAUUUAAUAGUU